AUGGAAGAAGACGUGUUUACUAGUGUUUCAGAAUUAUUCGACGAAUUCGAGAAGAAUAGAAAUUCGUCAACUUUCAUUUCAUUUGACUGCAAGAAUGACGGACGUGAGGACAAAAGUAAAAUCCUCUUUACAACCGAGGGGACCGAUGGCGAUGGAGAAUUAACUGAUGAAAGUGAAAAUGAAAGUAACUAUACAAGUAGAUUGAAGGAACACGGCACGACAGAUGACGAUUCGUCGGAAAACGACGAUUCACUGAUUAUUCCAGAGAGAUUUUUCAAUGAAUCUGAAGCCAAGAUUAACAAAACUGGCGAUACGAGUUAUAAAUUGAUCCAUGAAAGAAAUAAAUUCAAAAAAUUUGCAAAUAUAGUUGAUUCUACUAGAUAUGUUCAUGAUGAGGAAAGCCCGGGGUGUCAAAUAAUAUUUCACAACAACAGAUUUUCAAGAAAAUACCGUCCUGAGAUUGAGAAUUUUAUAGCGCGACUGAUGGAGAGGGAUGCUCGUGAUUCGGAAGUUCUGCCUGAUCUAAAAUUGAAGGCAUCAACUCCGUCCUGUGUUGAUAUCAAUGAAAAGUUAGAUGCAACAAUGAGAACAUCUGAAAUGUGGGAGGCUCAUGCAAUUAUCGGUGCUGAUCAGUUUUACAGAGAGUGCAUUGUAGACAAAAUGGGUUUCCCGCUGACAGGAAAUGACACAGCUCUGACGUAUGGCUGGGUGGUGCCUGUAUAUGAACAAAUUUUCCUGGAUGCCUUGCCAGCAGAUGAAAAACCUUCAAAACCUGAAAAGACUAAGCAGAGUUGCUUUAAUUGUGGUGGUGAUCACAGAAUUAAUGAGUGUACAGAACCCAAGGACUUCAGAAGAAUCCGGGAAAACAAGAACAAAUUCAUUCAGCAAUCACAGAUGCAAAAGCAAUCGUCACAAAGAUACCAUGCAGAAGAAGAGAUGGAUCCAAGAUUUGCUUCAUUUAAGCCUGGUGUCAUUAGUCCUGAAUUACGCAGAGCAUUAGAGAUCUCUUCAAAAGAGCUACCUAUUUACAUAUAUCGCAUGAGAGAUCUUGGGUACCCUCCAGGCUGGAUGCAAGAGGCUUUGUUGCAAGAUUCAGGGAUAUCUAUUUUUGACAAAGAUGGAAAUGAAGUGUUAGUAACAGGAGAAAUGAUGGAAGAUGGUGAAAUAAAGGAUCGUAUCCCAAAUGAAGGUCAGAUUGACCCUGAGAAGAUCAUUGAGUAUCCAGGAUUUACAGUCGAUCCUCCGGAAGGUGUUAAAGAUGAAUAUGAAAAGUAUGGAUAUAUUCCAAUGCAGCAUUGCCAGCUUGUUACAACACUGAAAAAGGAUUUACAAGAACUGGCGGAGAGCAGGAAAAGGAAAUUUGAGGAUGGCAUAGAAUCAGAGAGAAGGCGACAGAAACUGAAGUCAGAGGAAUGUGAUGAUAUGGAUAUUGAGGAUGAAGGAACUCCUUCAAAGUCUGUCAAUGGUCAUGCCUUUGUACCCCCACUACCUUUGGAUACACCUCCCACAAGACCACCCCUACCCAAAGAAACUCCACCCCCAACUCCACCAGUCCCAAGGCUGAGUCUACCAAAGGUAGCCCGAGAGAUCUCCAUGACAGAAUCGGAAAGAUCCGAGUCUCCAUCACUGGAGGAGCUAGAGAGUCAGCUAAAGCUGCUGCAGGAUAAGUUAGCUUCUGGUGAGGCAGAUACAGAUCUAUUGGAUAGUGUAACCAGUGAUGAGGACAGUAACUCAGAGGUGGCCGAACUCCUGGCUCUAAAGGAGAAAAUUCUAAAGAGGACAGAUUCCAUCUCUUCUAUACAGACAUUUGGUGAGCUGGGUUCUGGUGGAUCAUGUCCUGGCACACCGCAAACACCCAACAUUUCACUCGGCAAUGUAAACUCUCUUGUUGGUUUACGUCAAAGCAAGUCUAUAUCCAAGGAUUAUGGUACCCCUAUUUUGAAGGGACCAGUUGAAUCAUUGCCUGAUUCUUCUAAAUUUGGUGUCGGUAUAGAGGAUCACAUUCCUUAUGAGAAUCUACCAGAUGCCACUGGAACAUUUGACAAAAUCAGAGACCUUAUAAGUAAAGUCAGGACUAUAAAAAAGAAAAAGAAAAAAUAAUUCUAAAAGGGUAGAGAGUGCAUCAAUUUGCCAUCAAUCACAGACUGACAUCUUUGACAUACUUUCAUGCUUUUAUGCAGUUCAUAUUUUGCAGCAAUUCAUUAUGAUAAAAUAAUACAUGUAUAUCAAAUUUUGUGGUUGCAGCAAUGUAAGAAAAAGUCAUUCUCUCUAGGGAGGUUUGAAGAGAACUGUUAAAUAUAUGUUCACUGAAAAACUCAGUCUUCAGCAUAUAAAAUUUAUACAUGGGACAAAUGCCUCCAUGCCAAUUAACUCCAUCUACAAAGUAACUAGUUGCAGGCAUUUUAUGAAUUAUGAUUUCAAUCUUUUCCCUCCAUUUAUUUUGAGAGAGUAGACAUUAAUUACUGACAUUGCUUAGUAAAAUAAUUUUAGUUGAAUAAAUUUUUAAAACUUUCUUGUUUCUUUAACCUCUUGUUGUAGAGUGGCUUACAUGUUAGGGGUUGUCAAUAAAGUUUGUGGACAAUGACGUUUUUGUUAAACUAAAUGGUCCUAAAUAUAUUUAUCGUAUACCCAAAUAUUUGUCAUGAAAAUCCAAGACAGAAUGGUUUGGUUUUGGUUGUUUGAACUGAAUAUUUUUGUUAAAAUCGUAGUCUUCAAAGUCAUAGAUAAUGCACACGGCCCCAGGGUUAAAAUGUCAGAAAUUUAAAAUUAAUAAAGUUUUCGGAUUAAUUGAUUAAAAUGGUCAUUUUCUUUAUAAAAACAAGCCAUAACUUAAUAAAAAUUAAAUAUGUCUCAAAUAAAGCAGAUGUCAUCAUUUUCUGAUAUCUUUAGUAUUGCUUAUUAAACAGCAUGAAUGCAUCAUCAUGCAUACAUGAGUUAAAGCUAAGUAUGAGCAAAUCAAUAGGAAUGAAUGAUUAAAAUACAUCAAUUUUGUUUAAUAUAACUUUACUACAUGUAUAUAAAUUGUAUUUAGACAUUU